AUGAAUAGAUUUAUGUUCCUUUCCCAGGUAACAUACAGGAACAAUGUCACCUCAGUCAUUCUUCUGGGGUUUUCAAAUCUUCAGAGUUUUACUCUUCUCAUGUUCUUGCUCCUGUUACUUAUUUAUUGCUUGACCAUUUCAGCAAAUAUUUUUAUCAUGACUUUAUAUGUAUUGAGCACUAACCUUCAGACCCCUAUGUACUUCUUCAUUACACAGAUAUCAAUAUUUGAUGUCAUACUGACUACAGAUAUUCUUCCAAACCUGCUGCACAUUGUGCUGUAUGAUGGCUGCACUAUGUCUCUUAUUGGAUGCAUCGCUCAGUUUUAUGUCUUUGCUACAUCAGAGUCCUCUGAGUGUCUCCUUCUGUCAGUGAUGUCCUAUGAUCGGUACCUUGCCAUCUGUGAUCCUUUGCACUAUCAUUCUAUAAUAAAUCACAGGUUUUGUGUGAAAUCUCUUAUUAUUGUUUGGAUAAUAGGUUUUCUAAUUAUUUUACUCAAUUCUAUAUCUAUCUACCAUUUGCAUUUCUGUGGACCAAAUGUCAUUGAUCAUUUCUUUUGUGACUUUGAGCCCAUAGUGCAGCUUUCCUGCUCAGAUACCACUGUAAUUGAAUUUCAGACUUUAAUAAUGGGUGUUAUUGCUACUUUUAUUCCCUUUAUAAUAAUUGUGAUGUCUUAUGUGUACAUUGUUCUUACUAUUCUAAAGAUACCAUCAUUUACUGGAAGACAGAAAGCCUUCUCCACAUGCAGCUCUCACCUGACCGUUGUGACCAUAUUUUACGGAACCCUAAUUGUUGUUUAUGUAUUUCCUACAAGACGACUAUCCACACUAAGCAAAGCCAUGUCUUUGUGUUACACUGUGAUAAUUCCAUUGCUUAAUCCUAUCAUAUAUACUAUCAGAAACAAGGAUUUUAAAGAAGCCUUUAAUAAAAUUAAACAAAUGAAAUCAGACAUGCUAUGGAAAGCCAAUUAA